UAGUCAUUGAAUAUUGCACUUAUUGAUGUUCUUCUAUUUAAAAGGUAUACAUGAGUUGGUGAUUAAUCCAAACCACAUCACAACCAAUCAAACCCACAAAAGCCAAUCAAUCUCAAAUUGUGAAAAUGUCUAAACUUAUCUUUCGAGAAUACAUUGGUGUGAACCAAUCUUCAACAAGUUUAAGUGAUUUUCCAACUGAAAUCAUCGACACCGAACAUUUUGAGUUUCACUUCAUCUUGGGCUUUGCUAGUGAGGAGUAUGACAAAAACGGAAAAGGCAUCGGAGUUUUCACAGAAACUUGGGAUGUGGAUUACUUCGGUCCAGAUAAAGUGGAAGAUUUCAAGAAAAACAAUCCAAAUGUAAAGGUGGUAAUAAGCAUUGGAGGUCGUGAUGUUGAAACUCCAUUUGAUCCUGUUGAGGAAUAUUCGUGGAUUAGAAAGGCUGUAAAAUCACUCAAAGAGCUCAUCGGAAAAUACAAGAAUACUAGCGGUAUCAUAAUUGAUGGCAUUGACAUUAAUUAUGAAACUAUCAAAACUAGUAACGACCUAUUUGUUAAGUGCAUAGGUCGAGUUAUAACACAACUCAAGAGCGAUCUUGGCCUAAAUAUUAAGGUGGUAUCCAUUGCUCCAUCUGAGAAAAAUGAACCCUACUACCGCGAUUUGUUUAAGGCAAACAAAGAUGAUAUCAAUUGGGUUGACUACCAAUUCUACAAUCAAGAAAAAAUUGUAUCCACUGCUGAGGCCUUUGUAGAGAUAUAUAAUAAGUUAUUAAAAGACUACGGUUCUGAUAAAGUCCUUCCUGGAAUUAGCACCGACCCAAUUGACACUAAGAAUGUUAAGAUUACACAACAUAAUUUUAUUGAUGGCUGCGUAAAACUCCUACAAACAUCAAAACUCCCUGGUGUUUUUCUCUGGAACGCUAAUAACUCUGCAAAUCCCUCUGAAGGUGAGAACGAACCUUAUGCCCUAGAGCAUACCUUGCAAGAUGCCCUCACCAUAUCAGCCAGUAAGUAUUAAGUAAUCAUUCAUAUUAUGGUUCAAGUAUCAUAGACUGUAAGCUCUAUAUGCUUUAGUCUUUUAUAUAUAUGUUAAAUAAGAACCUUAUUUCAUGUGUGUUUUGGUAUUAUGUUGUAAGUGUGGAGAAUUAUUUCUCAUAUAUUAAUAUAUGUACUUGUAGUAUGGUUUAAUAAUAAGAGGCCCUUGUUUUACUUUU